AUGGAUUCAAACUGCUACCAGUGCUCUAAGCCGAUCAAAACAAUUGAGGUGAUUCAAUGUAACGGUUUUUGUCAUCAAUCUGCGCAUUUAAAAUGCGUUGGUCUGAUUAGGCCUCAUGUCGACUUUGUGAAUGAGCAAAAUAAUAUUCUGUGGUUUUGUGACCACUGUAUUGCCCAAUUGGAGUACAUAAAGCAAAAUCCCAUGAAAUCGACACAGGAUGUUGUAGCUGUUUUUUCGAAUGCUCUUCGCGAGUCACUGGGUGAAUUGAAGACUGAGCUUCAGGAAACCAAAGAACUUACUAAGACAUUAGUCGACAAACGUCAGUUCAAUGAUUCCGCUGCUGUGGGACGCUCACGCACUGCUUGGCCUAGCAUUAAGCGCACUCGUGAUACGACACCUAAACCUCGCCCCGAUCUUAAGCUUGUUGGUGGAACGAAAUCGAUUGACUUGGGAAGCGCAUCAGUCGAAACUGUUGCAAAACCAACUGAAAAAUUCUGGGUUUAUUUAUCCAGAAUUGCUCGUCAUGUCACUGAAGAUGAUAUUUCCGAGCUCGUUAAACAAUGCUUGGAAACUACACAGCCUGUCGAUGUUCGGAAACUUGUGCGUAAGGAUGCUGAUGUGAAUCAGUAUGCUUUCAUCUCGUUUAAAUUUGGAGUAGAAAAGGAUUUGAAGGACAAAGCACUCGACCCGUCUGUAUGGCCGAAAGGAAUUUUCUUUAGGGAAUUUGAAAAUUUGAGAGCUGAGCGGGAUUUUUGGGGACCUGCAAAAAUUCCACGGACCGAAGUUAGGACCCCUCGGAUGAUUUCAACGCAGCAUCAAACACCUACCAAGAAUUGCCGACAACGGAACGCACGUCAUUUCGCAUAA